AUGUAUGCUUUUGGUGUGAUCCCUGCCCGGUAUAAAAAUCUCAAUCCUGGACUUGAAACCUAUUUUGCUAUGUGUAGAGGUCUUCAAAAGCCAGGAGUUGAUGUUGCUGCUUGUGAAAUGAAGAAAUGGUUCGAUACGAACUACCACUACAUUGUCCCCGAAUUUGAACCAAACCAGGAAUUCACUCUCAAUUCCGCCAAAAUCAUCAGCGAGUACAAAGAGGCUAAGGCUUUGGGUAUUGAAACUCGUCCAGUGAUUUUGGGCCCAGUCACUUACCUGCUUCUUGGAAAACCAACAAGAGAUGCCCCUCAAGGAUUUGAACCAAUUCAGUUACUGAGCAAACUCAUUCCUUUGUAUGAAAAAUUACUAUCUGAAUUGGCUAAUGCCGGGGCUACAUGGAUCCAAAUGGAUGAGCCAUGCUUAGUACUCGAUCUUCCUUCCACCUUCAAGAAAGAAUAUGCUUCUGCCUAUAAUGCACUUACCAAGGUGUCUGCCCAGUUGAAAAUUUUGGUUGCAACAUAUUUUGAUCACAUUGGUACCAACCUUGAUUUCAUUAUCGACACUCCCAUAAAUGCAAUUCACAUCGAUCUGGUCCGUGCUCCCGGACAAUUGGAACCAAUUUUGAACCGGUUACCUGCAACUGUUUCCCUCUCUCUUGGGUUGAUCAAUGGACGUAAUAUUUGGUUAGCCAAUUUGGAUGCUGUUUUGGCUGAAGCUCAGAAAGCUGUUACUGCUCUUGGUUCUGAACGUGUUUUCAUAGCACCAUCUUGUUCUCUUUUGCACACUCCUCAUUCAAUCCAAGGUGAGAAGAAAAUAGAUUCUGAAAUUUUGGGUUGGCUAUCUUUUGCUGUUGAAAAGAUUAAGGAAGUGGUAACUAUCUCUAGUGUGUUGGCUGAUGGUGAUCAGACAAAGCUUGAGGCUAACCGCAAAUUAGUCCAAGCCCGCAAAAUAUCAUCACGUAUUCAUAAUCCUGUCAAACGUAAAUCUGUUUUCAGCGAAAGACAAAUUAAACAAAAGCAAAAAUUAAAUCUUCCCUCCUUCCCAACAACCACUGUUGGAUCUUUUCCCCAAACAAAAGAAGUUCGUGCUAUCCGUGCUAAGCUCAAGAAAGGUUCUGUAGAUCAAUCACAAUAUGAUAGUUUCAUCAAGGAAGAAAUUGAGAAAUGUAUUCGCUUCCAAGAAGAAAUUGGUAUAGAUGUACUUGUACAUGGAGAAUUUGAACGUAAUGACAUGGUAGAAUUCUUUGGUGAAAAUUUACAAG